AUGUCUUGUUCGGUCGCCGUCUGUAAUUCUCCGGUGUUUUCGCCGUCGUCGUCUCUUUUCUGCAACAAAACCUGUAUACUCUCUUCGCCGCAGGAAACAAUCUGUCUCACUCUCUCCCAUCUCAAACCUUCGUCAUCUUCCCCUUCCUCUCCUUCCGCUUCCCCGAAAUCGCCGUUCCGUCUCCGUUUCCAGAAACCACCGACCGGAUUCGCUCCCGCGCCGCCGCUAGUGUUCGGAUCGGAAUCCGUUUCCGCCUCGUGUACCUCCCAGUCUCCUCCCGGAGGGGCUUUGAAGAGGAAACGACCGACGAGGCUUGCUAUACCGAUCGGUCCUCCGGAUUUCGUAGCUCCGUCGUCGGAGAAACUAGUUGCUUCGACGCCGAGAGAGGAGAGCAGAGAGGUUGAGAGAGAAGGCGAUGGUUAUUCCGUCUAUUGUAAGAGAGGAAGGAGAGAAGCUAUGGAGGAUCGCUUCUCUGCCAUCACCAAUCUUCACGGAGAUCGCAAACAGGCGAUAUUCGGAGUCUACGAUGGUCAUGGAGGAGUCAAAGCGGCUGAGUUUGCAGCAAAGAACUUAGAUAAGAACGUUUUAGAAUCGGUAGUUGGCAAGAGGAGCGAGUUAGAGAUCGCAGACGCGGUGAAACGCGGUUACUUAACCACAGACGCAGCGUUUCUCAGCGAGAAAAACGUUAAAGGCGGUUCAUGCUGUGUGACAGCUAUGGUCAGCGACGGGAACCUCGUUGUAGCCAAUGCCGGUGAUUGUCGCGCCGUCAUGAGCGUAGGAGGCGCCGCGGAGGCUCUUUCCUCCGACCACCGCCCGUCUAGAGACGAUGAACGGAAAAGAAUCGAAACCACGGGAGGAUAUGUGGAUACGUUUCAUGGUGUUUGGAGGAUUCAAGGAUCUUUGGCUGUGUCAAGAGGGAUCGGAGAUGGUCAGCUCAAGAAAUGGGUUAUAGCCGAGCCAGAGACAAAGAUCUUGAGGAUCGAUUCGGAGCAUGAGUUCUUGAUUUUGGCAUCGGACGGUUUAUGGGACAAAGUGAGCAACCAAGAAGCUGUAGACAUUGCUCGUCCCUUUUGUGUAGGAGGAGGAGACGAGAAGAAGCCAUUGUUGGUGGCGUGUAAGAAGCUUGUUGAUCUCUCGGCUUCGCGAGGCUCAUCUGAUGAUAUCAGUGUGAUGUUGAUCCCUUUAAGCCAGUUCAUGUAG